CGACGCGCAAGCAGCCUUCGCAUCCCAGUACCCAUCCUACCCCGGCCUCGAUCUUGACAUGAUGAAGAGGUCCAUGGACUCCGUCGGCGGUCCUGAUGCCAAAAAGGCGAGCAUUCAGCAGGCGGCUGCCUUUGCCAGCUCCAGCCCCGCCAACGCCUUUGGCGCCAACCAGCUCUACUCGACCCCGUCCCUCUCCAUCAACACCAACAUGAGCCCCAACGCCGCCGCCGGCCAGCAGAUGAGCCCCAACGCCGCCGCCGCCGCCUUCCUCCAGAGCCAGCAGCAGCAGGCCGCCCAGCAGCAGCUCCAGACCCCCGUCAGCGGCAACGGUGUCAAUCCGUACGCGAGCCUCGGCGCCUACAACAUGCUCGGUAUGGGCAUGCCCGGCAUGAUGGGCUUUUACGGCGGCCAGCUCGGCAACUUUGGGCAGAACGCGAACGGGCGACCGGGCCUUCCCUCGCUCAACAUCCCCGCCGCGACCACCUACCAAGCGCAAGCGGCCGGCGCCCUCAGCGCCGCGCUCUCCGCCACCGCCGCCAACGCGACCAAUCGGACCGUCUACGUCGGCAACCUCCCUCCGACCGCGUCCGUCGACGAGCUCCUCAACCUCGUCCACUUUGGCCCGCUCGAGAACAUUCGCGUCCUGCCCGAAAAGUCGUGCGUCUUCCUCUCCUUCCUCGACGGCGCCACCGCCGCCGCCUUCCACGCGGACGCCACCAUCAAGAAGCUCGCCCUUCACGGCCAGGAGCUCAAGAUCGGCUGGGGCAAGCCGAGCCCCGUCCCCCAGCAGGUCGCCCUCGCCAUCAGCCAGAGCAACGCGAGCCGGAACGUCUACCUCGGCGGACUCGACGAGGCCAUGACCGAGGAGCAGCUCCGCGACGAUCUCAGCCGGUUCGGGCUCAUCGACCAGGUCAAGAUCGUGCGCGACAAGAACAUCGGAUUCGUCCACUUUCUCAGCAUCGCCACGGCCAACAAGGUCGUGAACACGCUCCCGACCGAGCCCGCGUGGGCCGGCAAGCGCGUCAACUACGGCAAGGACCGCUGCGCGUACAUCCCCAAGUCCCAGCAGGCAGCCGCCCAAGCCGCCCAGGUCGCGGCCGCGCAGUCGCUCGUCGCGCAUUCGGCCAUGACGCCGGCAUCCGCGAACCCCUUCAACUCGCCGUUCAGCCCGUUCGGCGCACCGUUCUCCCCCGCGGACGCGGGUGCGCAGGGGCUCAACCGCACCGUCUACCUCGGUAACAUCCACCCCGAGACUCAGACCGAGGACCUUUGCAACGCGAUCAGGGGCGGCGUGCUGCAGAGCAUUCGGUAUAUGCAGGAUAAGCAUAUCGCUUUCGUCACUUUCGUGGACCCCGCGGCGGCCUUCACGUUCUUCCAGGUCGCGUCCUACCAGGGCCUGACCCUGAACAACAGGCGCCUCAAGAUCGGCUGGGGAAAGAACUCGGGCCCGCUCCCGCCCAGCCUCGCCCUCGCCGUGCACUCGGGCGCGACCCGGAACGUGUACAUCGGCAACAUCGAGGACUUUGACACGUACAACGAGGAAAAGCUCAAGAGGGACUUUGGCGAGUACGGCGAGAUCGAGCUCGUCAACUUUCUCAAGGAGAAGAACUGCGCGUUCGUCAACUUUACCAACGUCGCGAACGCGAUCAAGGCGAUCGAGGGCGUCAAGACCAAGCCCGACUACGCCAACCUCCGCAUAUCGCACGGCAAGGACCGGUGCGCGAACCCGCCCCGCCAGGGACCCCAGGGCGGAGGCGGCACGCGUCGCAGCGCGUCGGGACAGAACUCGGCCGUGAGCCCGAACGGGUUCGCGAACGCGACCGUCGGCGGUCAGCCGGACGCGGACUCGGACGCCGUCGUCCUCGGCGAGGACAUCAAGGCCGACGUCGAGCCCAUCACGCCCGAGCCCGUCUCGGCCGUGGUGGACGUCAAGCCGGAGGAGGCGCUAUAGAGACGAGAGAGAGGCGGUACUUUUUUUUUGUUGUUAUGAUCCCGGUACCCCGUCAAGAUCGAUACCCCCCGCGACCGACACCAGCGAGAAACAUACCACUGUUCUCAUCCCCCCCAUCGUUCGAUCGUGUGCAUAAUGGACAUCUCUCUCGUUCGUUGCCCUCUCGCUCGUUGCCCUCUCGCUCUCGCCUCGCGGCCGCCCACGUCCACAUACCGGCGUAGGACAGGAUACAUACUCGUGGGGAUUUCGGUGGACGGACGAAAUAAUGGUUGACCGCGGGACACACGCGCACGUUGGUGCCUGUGCCGCCCCCCUUCGCAACGGAGUACGGACACGACAAAAAACCUUGCGUGGACUUUGGGCCGUUGGUUGACCGUGUUUAUCCACUUGGCUUUCGAAAUAAGGAUCCCCCUCUGCCUGUUCUGUUAUUCUUCCCCCCCCUUUUUUCCCUUCCUUCCUUCUUUCUUUCUUCUAGUCUUUUUCCUCGUUGCCCGCUGUGCACCACCAGCACACCCUCACGCUCAUUGCUCGAAAAGGAGGCGCUGUCGAGACCCCCCGACGAUUGUGAUGCUAACCGACUAAUACAUACACCCCUGCCCUCGCGCGCGCUGUUUACCAUAGCAACACCCAUGUAACCCC